UCAUGCUGCUGCCAGGUCCAGAGUCUCUCAUGGGUCCCUGUACGGCCUCCCAUUGCUGCUGUCUCCAUCGCCACACUCUGCCAUGUGCCACUUCAGGUCUCCUCCACACUGCUGGUGGGUUCCAUUUUGUCAUAGGGUGCUGGCAGAUUACGGGCCUCCAUUGCUGCUGCCAGGCCCGUAAUCUGCCAUGGGCCCCUGUACCGCCUCCUCAUGCUGCUGCCAGGUCCAGAGUGUCUCAUGGGUCCCUGUACGGCCUCCCAUUGCUGCUGUCUCCAUCGCCACACUCUGCCAUUUGCCACUUUCAGGUCUCCUCACACUGCUGGUGGGUUCCAUUUUGU